AUGACGAGAAGAAUGCCAAAUCUGCCGCCCAAGAAGAGAUUACGGCUUGAAGGUGAGGUCCCGGAGGCGUCAUCGCCGGUGAUCGGCACUGUUGAAGGAGGAUCAAGUGGGCGCAAAGCACUUCAGAAGAAAGCUGCACGUCCAAGAAUUGUACGUAUGCAGUCGAUCAUGUUCCUAAGUGGAAAUGAAGGAGGCAGGCGAUCGGACUCGAGCCACGAGCAACUGGUCCCGUCGUUUCAGCGCGGAAGAGGUGGCGGCAGAGGCAGAGGCAGAGGCUACGCCUCCGCGAUUAGAUUUCCGCCGAGACCUUUGGGAACGGUCGGGAAAAGGUGCUUGGUCCGAGCGAAUCAUUUUAUAGUUGAAGUAGAGGACAAGGAUUUUCACCACCAUGACGUAUCUAUUGAUCCCGUGGUUCAUAACAAGAAAACCAGUAGGGAGAUAUUAGGUGUUCUUGUCAAACAAUACUGGGAGUCUCAUUUGGGUAGGAGGAGGCCGGCCUACGACGGUAGAAAGAGUCUCUACACAGCAGGACCACUCCCCUUCAACAACAAGGUGUUUCCUGUUAAAUUGGUAGAAAAUGACGAAGCAGCCGGUAGUUCUUCUCAAUCGAGAAGGAAGGAACGUGAAUUCAAGGUGACUAUAUCGUUGGUCGCUAGGAUUGAUCUUGAUCAUCUUCAGCAGUUUAUUCAGGGUAGACAAUUGGAUUGCCCGCAAGAGAUAAUGCAAGUUCUUGGUGCGAUCCUUAGAGCCUCUCCGUCUGAAAAGUAAUUUCGCAGGCAAUUCGUAUACACUACCUUCUUUCGGGGUAG